UAUUCGACGUCGACGAGAAUGGAGCGUCAGAGGAAGAAGCUGGCCGAGUAUGGCCAGGAACAUCUGCUUAGAUUCUGGGAGGAGCUGACAGACGAGGACAGGCACGAGCUGGAGAAUGAUGUUGACGAAUUGGAUCUGCAGGAGGCUACUUUGUACUUCGAGAAAGCGCUGGAGUCCUCCCGGCGCAUCGGCCAAGGCACGCUGGACGACAAAGUACAGCCGAUAGAUGAGAAGAAGAUCGCUUCCGCCAAGACGUCCACGAAGGAGGAGCUGGCGAUGUACGAGGAACUUGGCCUGAAGGAAGUCGCUGAGAAUCGCGUGGCUAUUUUGCUGCUGUCAGGCGGGCAAGGCACGCGUCUAGGAGUGACUUAUCCCAAGGGGAUGUACAACGUCGACUUACCGUCGCGGAAAACCCUCUUUCAGCUGCAGGCAGAGAGGAUACUGCGUCUGCAGGAUAUCGCGGAACAGCGGUGUGGAAAACGCGGGGAGAUUACUUGGUACAUCCUUACCAGCGAAGCCACUCACGACGCCACCGUCGCCUAUCUCAGCAAGCACAACAACUUCGGCUUAAAGGAGAACAACGUCAGGGCUUUCAAGCAGGGUAUGCUACCGUGUUUCACUUUCGACGGCAAGAUCAUCUUGGACGCGAAGCAUCGCGUUUCCAAAGCGCCCGACGGUAACGGGGGAUUGUAUCGCGCGUUGGAAAACCAAGGGAUACUGGACGACAUGACGCAGCGUGGAAUUCGGAGUGUACACGCGCAUUCCGUGGACAAUAUCUUGGUGAAAGUGGCGGAUCCUGUAUUUCUAGGCUAUUGUCUGGUCUCCGAGACGGACUGUGGGGUUAAAGUAAUCGAGAAAUCUUCCCCUUCUGAAGCGGUCGGCGUAGUUUGCAAGGUAGAGGACCAUUAUCAAGUAGUCGAGUACAGUGAGAUCUCAAAGGAGACCUCGGAGCUGCGUCACCCCGACGGACAGCUGGUGUACAACGCCGCGAAUAUAUGCAACCAUUACUUCACGGUCGAUUUCCUGAAGGACGUCGCGCACCUGCACGAGAAAGAUCUGGAUCUGCACGUAGCGAGGAAGAAAAUCCCAUACGUCAACGACGAGGGGGAGAGAAUCGUUCCGAAGAGCCCGAACGGCAUCAAGAUAGAGAAAUUCGUGUUCGACGUGUUCCGCUUCGCGAAGAAUUUCGCGGUGUGGCAGGGCACUCGUGGGAAGGAAUUCAGCCCGUUGAAGAACUCCGAUUCCGCCGGGCAGGAUUGCCCGAGCAUCGCGCGCACCGAUCUGCUGAAUUUACACAAGAGGUGGCUGCUGGACGCGGGCGCGAAGAACGUCGGCGACGACGUCGAGAUCUCGCCGUUACUCUCGUACGCGGGCGAGAAUCUGGCUCGGAUCGCGAAUAACCAGUCUUUCGUGGGGCCACAAAUUCUCGAAUAACGACGACUGGACCGCCUCCCGAUAACGAGAUAUCUCGGAAUGCACGUAUAUCGAGGAUGUUUACUCUCCUUUGUGAUGAAGGUUAAACGUACGUAGGUUUAACGACCGUCGGUAGUAAUCAACGACAUAUGUAUAUGCAUAUACAUACAUAGAUUAGACAUUCGUGUACUUUCACCAUGGCAGUGGGGGAAACCGGAAAUUAACAAGAGAUAUAUAUAGUUGAUUCGUCUCUCUCGGCAUGUAUCUCUCGCGAAUUUCCAAUUUUGCAUCCGCGAACGGAACGUGUGGCCUAUAUGUAUGUCACGGUGAAAGCGAUUAAUUUGGUGAUUCUGGAAAAUUUCCGCCGGUUCAAACGAUCAACGAUAUUCUGUGUAUUGCAUUUUAUAGAGACGUGUGUGUGAGAUUUUAUAAAAACACCGAAUUAAUCAUUUUCAUUGUAACAUCGUCCGUAAUAGCGUCGUAUAAUUUUUAUACUUGUACUUUUGAGACUUAUACAUAUGAACUUUUGAUAGCAACUGUUAAGCUGUAACCGUUAAUACUCGCACUUGCAGUGAUGGAAGUGGAACUUUAGUUAUUGUAUGGAUCAGGUUAAACAUGUAAAUAAAAAUUGUACACUAUACACAUGCACAUUAACUGUGUGCAUCAAGUAUGAUUUGGCUGUAUUCGGCUAUAAGUAUUUCAAACGUACAUAAUUUUUUUUUUUAUAAACUGUUACAUAUAUAUAUAUGUUAAAUAAAACUGA